AUGAACGACGUGGGCAGUGGGUUGCUGGAGAGUUUCUACGAUCUGGCCGAUUUCGAUGAGCGAAGGCGCCACGAGGCUGUCGCUACACUCAUCGACGAGUGGGAGUCCCGCGCAGGCUAUUCCAUGGAAAGGCUGCUUGCCGGGCUGGGCUCGGCUCGUGCCGCCGCCCGUCUCGGCUAUGUCAGUGCCCUGAGCGUGGUGCUCAGCACUCAUGCAGAGCAAUGGCCUGUGGCUGAACUGCUCAAAUUGGCCGACCAGAAGCUGCCGCUCAACCAGACCACUGAGGAUCGUGGAUCGGUGCUUGGCCAGCAUAUGCUUCAUUUAGCUAUGGUUAACAGUGGUGCAUACAUUGGCGAUUUUGCAGAAAUUGUGAGACGUGAGCUACUUUUAAUGGACAAACAGAGUGGUCUAGCAUUUGCGUCCAUUGAUCUAUUAGCUCAGCUUGCCAAUAAAUUGAAAAGGAAGCAGUUCGCGAAAUACUUUUGGCCUUUGGUUAGGGAAAAAGCGACGAAGCCUUUGGAUCACUUAGCGCCGGAGUGGUUCUUUUUCAUUCUUCUCGUAUUCGAACAUCACACUGAUGCGUUAAAAACGGAAGUGUCAUUUAUUUCAAGCAAUGGAAAAUUAUGCUUCCUCGAGGCUGACUGCGAUAAAAUUGUGAAUAUUCUGAAGAAAACAAAUGCGUGCGCGGUACAGAACUUACUAUUCAAGUUAUUGAUAUUAUCUCGCAGCAGUGGCAAUUUCGACACUGUUUAUCGUAAAAUUAUUGAGAAGUGGAUGUACCAUGGUGAUGCGCACAAAGCCUUAUCUCGUUCGCUGCAUUUUAUUAGUAAAUCGCUUCAGCAGAUUGAUUUUCAAACCAAUGAGUUGCUGUUGAUAUUUUCGAGGGAAUUUGUGCAUUUGAUAAGGUCAGUAAGAAAAAACAACGAAUUCCGUUUGUUGCGUGAUGCUGCCGAGGCUGUUCUGCUUCAGCUCAUUGAGAUGCUUGAAGCGAAGGAGUGGAAUGAAUCCGAUAUCAGUGCACUGCUUUCUAAUUUCGAUGAAGUUGAUGGUGGGAAUUUUGAUGAAUUUUUUGGCGGUAAAUUAAAAACAACUGAGAAAAUCAUGGCGCGUCUUGGCAGUUUUGCCGAUGAAAUUGUUUCAAAGGCAAUAAAAACUGGCGGAUGGCGAUUGAGAAGGAUAGCCAGCACAUUUCCUCACUGGCCAGCAAAUAUCCAGGAAAACGUCCUGAAGAUCUUUUGCAGAAAUAAGGAUUGGCCUGAAGAAACACGUAACGCGUUUUGUUCCUGCAUUGUUUCGACUUGUUUUGUCAAUGUCAGAGCGGGCAAACACGUUACUGUUCGGUAUAAGGCCGAGCACGAAAACAUACUGAAAGAAUUUGUCAAGAAAAACGAUGUGCGGAUUGAACUGCCAGCGUUUAAUGAUAAGCAAGUUCUUUUCUAUUCUGGCGAUCGCUUUUUCACCACUAUCAACCUCAGUGACGAAGAUAUCAUGCACGAGAAAGAAAAUAGCUCAAGCGAUGACGAAGACGGUGGUGAAAGUAGCGAAGCCGAGCAACCGGAACAGAACAUUCCGAACAAAGAAAAUAAUGAUAGUGACAUUCUCGAACAGCAUGAGGAAACUGAUGGGUCCGAGUUUGACGAGGAUGAAGAAGAGGAAGAGUACGAGGAAACUGACGAAGAAUUCACCAACAACUUAAAAAAAGUACUUGGUCGCGCUGCUGCAACUUCGGAUGAUAACGACAGCGACAAGGUAAGUUUUUGA